GCCUAGGCUCGCUUCAACUCAAAACCAUUUGAAACCAUCCUCCCUUAAAAAGCCAAAACAGAACGUAACACAAUUCUUCUACUCACAGGCGCGAGAGAUCAACGAAGAGCAACCCUCUGCUCGGCCGAACAGCACCAUGGUUCACGUCUCCUUCUACCGCAACUAUGGGAAAACAUUCAAGAAACCUCGUCGUCCAUACGAGAAGGAGCGUUUAGACGCUGAGUUGAAGCUCGUCGGUGAGUACGGACUCAGGUGCAAACGUGAACUCUGGAGAGUGAAGUACGCUCUCAGUCGAAUCAGGAACAAUGCUAGAAACCUUCUCACUCUUGAUGAGAAGAAUCCUCGUAGGAUUUUUGAAGGUGAAGCUUUGCUCCGAAGAAUGUUUCGUUAUGGGUUACUUGAUGAGACACAUAAUAAGCUUGAUUAUGUUCUUGCUUUAACUGUUGAGAAUUUUCUGGAACGUCGCCUUCAGACACUUGUUUUUAAAUCUGGUAUGGCGAAAUCUAUUCAUCAUGCUAGGGUUCUCAUCAGACAGAGGCACAUCAGGGUUGGAAGACAGGUUGUUAACAUCCCAUCUUUCAUGGUGAGAGUUGACUCACAGAAGCAUAUUGACUUUUCACUAACAAGUCCCCUUGGUGGUGGACGUCCCGGAAGGGUGAAGCGAAAGAACCUCAAGGCUGCUGCCAAGAACCUCAUCAUUUUCAUCAUCACUAUCAGUCUCAUAGACCUACAUCAUUUUCAUCAUCACUAUCAGUCUCAUAGACCUUGGUAACAUCAUCAUCUCUCCUCUUCAUCAUCUCUACAUCUUUCUCUUCAUUUCUAAACAAGCCAAGCAAAGAAAUUUAGACAAAAAUAAUCUCCUCUCUUUAUGUGAGAAAGAUUAGGGGUUUCCGUUCUACUUCUUGGUGAAAGGGGUUUUACUUGGUGGAAAAGGGUUUGUCGGGUUUUACUUGGUGGAAAAGGGUUUGUCUCUACGAGUGUAAAGAAGAUGAUACUUCUUAGGAGAAAGGGGUUUUAUAUUUUUUUGGUGGAAAAGGGGUUUGUCCCUCUGAGUGUAAAGAAGAUGAUAGUUCAAAUUGAUUUAUUGACGGUGUCAUUAAGAAAGUAGGAUCAAAUAGUCUUACCUCCUUUGAAAGGAUCUUUGGUUAGGGUAAUACAGUUUUAUGGGAUGAUGAGAAAAAUUGGAUUGAUGGAACAUGAUCAUGAUUUGGGAUCUCACGUGACAACUAUCUCUAUUUUUUAGAGAGUUAUUCGUCGAAGAGUUUCUCUCUCUAUUUCUAGAAGUUACCCUCUUCUUGGAUAUAGAUAAGUGGAUUUGAUUUGAGAGUAGUGGAAGAUGAAACUUUUUCAGCGGCCUCCACUUAUCAUGUUUAGAGGGUUAUCUCGAUUUCUUAUUUGACUCCUCAAGUCUAGAGUUAGAUCUUUCCCUUUAUCUGAUAUAGUUGGACUCCUUUUAAGAUAUUUUUAUUCUACUAUGUCUUGUUCUUUUUGGGUUUUUUGAUUGAGUCGGUAUCCUAUCUCUUUGUUACCUGUGAGUUUGUUCCGUCAGUGUGCUGUAUUAUUUUUAAGUGGUUAAGAGUGACAAAUAAUCAUGUCUAAUAAUCCUUAGGGGUGUAACCGGUUCAGUUUGGACCAUUUUUUGGUCAAAAAAUUGUCUCAACGGAUGAUAUCUCCAUCAGUUUGAUUUGGUUUGAUUUUUAGUAUUUUUAAAAAUGGAAUCAAAUCAAACUAACUGGUUUGGUUCAUUUUAGUUUGGUUUGGUUAAUCAACACUUGUUUUCUAAAGAUUAUAUUCAUUUGUGUACUAUUUGCUAUCA